GACGGAUCUUGGACUCUGACUAUCAGUAUAUGGGCGGGACCUGUAUAUAAAGACACUGACAUUACCCAUCUACACUUGACCCAGGAUAAUAUACCUUGUUGUCGCUGUUCCCCAUGUCUUCUCCAGCUAACAAAUUCCUGCCCAACCCAAAGACGGUUGCUAUCGUGGGAUGUCCGUUCAGAGGCGGCCAGGCCAAGUUAGGUGUCGACAAUGGUCCUAUUCAUCUCGCGGAAGCCGGAAUCGUCGGUCAACUCGAAGAAAUUGGCUGGAAAGUCGCUUUCGACGGCCAUCAUCAAUUUGAAGAUAUCCAUACCGCUGAUGAUCCUCCAAUCGGCAAACUCAAGAACCCCAGACUGGUCUCCAAAGUUGCCGAGUCUGUCGCCCGUGUUGUGGGAGGUCAUGCCAAGAAUGGCCAACUUCCGGUCACUUUGGGAGGAGAUCACUCUCUGGCAAUGGGAACAAUCUCCGGGACAUUAGAUACAUACCCCGACGCUUGUGUCAUUUGGAUAGACGCCCACGCUGAUAUCAAUACAGUCGAAACCACGGACAGUGGAAACAUACAUGGCAUGCCCGUAUCCUUCUUGCUGGGUAUUGGGAGCAAGGUCCCUGAGUUCUCUUGGGUCAAAGCUGCUUUGAAACCCGAGCGGCUUGUAUACAUAGGACUCCGAGAUCUCGAUUCGGGUGAAAAGCGUUUACUGAAAGAACAUAACAUCAAAGCUUUCAGCAUGCAUGAGGUCGACAAGUACGGUAUAGGGAAGGUCGUCGAGAUGGCUCUUGAUCAUGUCAACCCAAAGCGAGACUUACCUAUUCACCUGAGUUUCGAUAUAGAUGCUUUAGACCCAUCAGUGGCGCCGUCCACCGGUACCCCCGUGCGAGGAGGACUUACCUUUAGAGAAGGCCACUAUAUCUGCGAAGCAAUCCAUGAAACAGGUCUUCUAGUAGCUCUAGACUUGAUGGAGGUGAAUCCGUCUAUCGAUGAUGCUGAGAGUGUUUGCCAGACUGUUGCAGUAGGCUGUUCGCUUGUGAGAUCAGCUCUUGGGGAGACCUUGCUUUGACGCCCGAAUAGUAAUUCCAUUGUAAUCGCAAGUUGAUAAAGAUCUGUAGUCAUUUAGGCAUGCUUUCUUCUCUUUACUGUGUCAAUAGGAACGAUCUGAUGUAUAAAGGUGCUUUUGAGCGAGGC